AGCGUGAAUAACCAUAACGAGUGUGUUGCUCAAAGCGUAAGGUAGCAGUUAAAAGUGCGCAAAGCAAUUAACGGCAAAGUAAAAAAAGUUUAAAAUCGCUAAGUUCAAAAAGAGACACCUAAAAAAAAAAAUCUCAGUGCUACUUAGAAAACAAUUGAAAAAAUUUCGAGUGUGUGUUUGUGCCAACUGCGAAUCGAACGCGCCACGUCUAUACGGAUUACGGGCGAUCACAAGCAAACGUACGCGUUACACCAAUUGAUAAAAAUAAAAUUGAGAAACAAAAAGCUACAACAGUUUCACAAAGUGAUUGUAAAAUCUGUGAAAAUAUUCAAACAAAUAAAAGAAAGUGUGUGGUCCCAUAAAAAAUCCACAUAAAAAACGCUGUAAGCCCCUCAGAAAACAAAUAACAAAAAAAAAAUUUCUGUGAAUCAGAAAUUUCACCAAAAAAAACUUCUUUCGUCUAAACCUCGCACACGGCCGCCAACGACGACCGUCGCCCAACCAACCGCCAAAAUUCUACUCAAAGAACGUAAAGCAGUCAUUUCAAAAAUGAAAUCUCUCACCGCCGUCUGUCAAACAGGUGCCUCCAUGCCACCCAUGAAUCCGAACGGACGCAUCGCACGCCAUGCGCCACAACGCGGCGACGGCGAAAAUGCCGAAAUGAAAAUGUACCUCUCCAAACUGAAGGAUCUCGUACCGUUUAUGCCGAAAAAUCGCAAACUCUCCAAGCUGGAGAUCAUCCAGCACGUCAUCGACUACAUUUGCGAUCUGCAAACCGAGCUGGAGGCACAUCCCGAGAUUGCCAAUUUCGAUGCGGCCAGCGCGCUAAAUAUGUCCGACGAUUCGGCAAACAACACGAGCAUGAAUAGUGAAGAGAAUGAACAGCGUUUGGCUGAACGCCUAUCAGGCGCCGACAGCAGUUAUAGCAGCGCCUCACUGCAACAGCAACAACAAAUCAGCGCACUAAAUUCCGCCACAUCUAGUCCUGCCUUGAGACAGCCGUUGGCUGAUCGUCAAGCACCGAACACCAUCCUGCCCGGCACAAAUAUGACAGCUGCUGCUGCCCACACCACAAUGGCGUUGCAUAUGCAACAACAACUGCAGCUGCAACAGCAACAGUGGGAGGCACAGAUGUUGCAACAGCAAGCACAGCAACAACAGCAGCAAUCUCAGCAGCAGCAAACGCAACAGCAACAACAACAACACCAACAAUUGCCCAGCGGCGAAACGGUGAGUUGUUGAUUUGGCGUGUCGCAGCAGCAGAAGAAUGCUAGUUCUAAGCGUAGUCUAUAGGUUGUAUAGCACACACACACACACAUACACCGGCAUGUGUGUGUGUUACCCAUUUUCGUUAGUUUGGCGGAAAUAUUGUUUUAAAAAAUAUGUGAAAAUCUGUAAUUUAUUUAGUUAAGCAGCUGUAUCCUAUAAUUUAAGCAGAAACCUUAAUGUAAAGCAUGUAAAAAUGAAUAUAAACACAUGCACAUAUACUGAUACAUGUAUAUGAAUAUGUGUGGAAAAAAUGAAAAAACUAAUAAUCGUAUGAAUUGUAUAAAAUUUUUGUUGUUAAAGACUGUUAUAGACAUUUAAGUUGGUCGAAUAAAAUGAAGAAAAAAUUGACUAUUAAUUUGAAAAAACAAAAAUCACAUUUUUUUCUUUUCACCAAAAAAUUUGGACUGGCAUCAGGGCAAUUAGUUUUUAGUGCAAGUAAACUGGAGUGUAUUUUUAAGGCGAGUAUGAAGUCAAACUGUACUUGGAGUUCAGAAAAUUUCGCAGGAAAGUGCUUAAAGGCGAACCAGGCCUAUGGAAAUGCGAUAAAAAUUCAUGUUUUGAAAAAACAUUUGUGUUAGCUGCAAUGGAAUAAUGAGAGCCGUUUUAAAUUUCAAUAUAAAAUUUUUACUUUUCAAUACAAUAUUUUUAGUUUUCACAAUAAUAUAUUUUACUUUUCAAAGUAGUAGACAGCAAAAUUUGCAUGCACUUUGCUAUACAACUCGCCCGAAAGCCUGCAAAACUCUCGAAAAAUAGAAAUAAAUAUAUUUUGUUUAUUUGCCCGACAAAAUUGUGGUCAGAAAACUCUAAGCGGCGUGUAAUUCAUUUAUAUUUCAAAAAAAAAUCUU